GUGGGCCCUCUGAGGGGCUCAGCUAGCUCCAGCGCCGUGGGGUCUGUCCGAACUGCGCGUAGUUUUCCCGGCCUGGCGGGAGGGGCGGCCUGGUGGGGAUCGUACCCCCUGGAGCCGCCCCCCGGGACGUCAGGGAGGAGGUGAGGGUUGUUCCAGUUACUGAGAAGACAUGAACAGGUCUGAGCACUUGCUGUUUACUGGCUCUUCCUUAGCAUCGCAGGUUCACGCUGCUGCUGUUAAUGGAGAUAAGGGCGCUCUUCACAGGCUCAUCACAGGAGACUCUGCUCUUAAAGACAAAGAAGAUCAGUUUGGGAGAACACCACUCAUGUACUGUGUGCUGGCUGACAGAGUGGAUUGUGCAGACGCUCUCCUGAAGGCAGGUGCAGAUGUUAACAAGACUGACCACAGCCAAAGAACGGCCCUCCAUCUUGCAGCUCAAAAGGGAAAUUAUCGCUUCAUGAAACUUCUACUUGCACGCAGAGCAAACUGGAUGCGAAAGGAUCUGGAAGAGAUGACUCCCUUGCACUUGACCACCCGGCACAAGAGCCCUAAGUGUUUGGCACUUCUGCUAAAGUUUAUGGCACCAGGAGAAGUGGAUACACAGGAUAAAAACAAGCAAACAGCUCUGCACUGGAGCGCCUACUACAAUAACCCUGAGCAUGUGAAGCUACUUAUCAAGCAUGAUUCCAACAUUGGGAUUCCUGAUGUUGAAGGCAAGAUUCCACUCCACUGGGCAGCCAACCAUAGAGACCCCAGUGCUGUUCACACAGUGAGGUGCAUUCUGGAUGCUGCGCCUACAGAGUCUUUACUGAACUGGCAAGACUAUGAGGGUCGAACACCUCUUCACUUUGCAGUCGCUGAUGGGAAUGUGACCGUGGUUGAUGUAUUGACCUCCUAUGAAAGCUGCAACAUAACAUCUUAUGACAACCUCUUUAGAACCCCACUUCACUGGGCAGCGUUACUAGGCCAUGCACAGAUUGCGCACCUCCUCUUAGAGAGAAGCAAGUGUGGAACGAUCCCAUCUGACAGCCAAGGAGCGACACCCUUGCACUAUGCAGCUCAGAGCAAUUUUGCAGAAACAGUUAAAGUGUUUUUAAAACAUCCUUCAGUGAAAGAUGAUUCAGACCUUGAAGGAAGAACGUCUUUUAUGUGGGCUGCUGGGAAAGGCAGUGAUGAUGUCCUCCAGACUAUGCUGAGUUUAAAGUCUGACAUUGAUAUUAACAUGGCAGACAAAUACGGAGGCACGGCUUUGCAUGCUGCUGCCCUUUCUGGCCAUGUCAGCACUGUGAAGUUGUUAUUGGAAAAUAAUGCUCAAGUAGAUGCUACUGAUGUAAUGAAACAUACGCCACUCUUCCGAGCCUGCGAGAUGGGGCACAAAGAAGUGAUUCAAACACUUAUUAAAGGUGGAGCAAGGGUGGAUCUAGUUGACCAAGAUGGACAUUCUCUUCUACAUUGGGCAGCACUGGGAGGCAAUGCUGAUGUUUGCCAGAUACUUAUAGAAAAUAAAAUCAAUCCAAAUGUGCAAGAUGAUGCAGGAAGAACCCCUUUGCAGUGUGCUGCAUAUGGAGGAUAUAUCAACUGUAUGGCCGUGCUCAUGGAAAACAAUGCAGACCCUAACAUUCAAGACAAAGAGGGAAGAACAGCUUUGCACUGGUCUUGUAACAAUGGCUAUCUUGAUGCCAUUAAAUUAUUACUGGACUUCGCUGCUUUCCCUAAUCAGAUGGAAAACAAUGAAGAGAGAUACACACCCCUUGACUAUGCCUUGCUUGGUGAGCGCCAUGAAGUGAUCCAGUUCAUGUUGGAGCGUGGAGCCCUGUCCAUUGCAGCCAUCCAAGACAUCGCUGCCUUCAAAAUCCAGGCUGUCUACAAAGGAUACAAAGUCAGAAAAGCUUUCCGAGACCGGAAAACUCUCCUCAUGAAGCACGAACAGUUGAGGAAAGAUGCAGCUGCCAAGAAGCGGGAGGAAGAAAGCAAGCGGAAAGAGGCGGAACAGCAGCAGAAGGGAAGGCUGAGCCCAGGUGCCAGCAGACCCCAGCCCCUUGCCCAUCCGCCCAGCACCCCGGAUCAGCCCAGCAGGACCCCCGGCAAACAGCCUCCCGCCAGCAACAGCACCCAGGGCUCUACGCAGAGGGACUGCCCGGGGUCUGUAGCAGGGUCUCCAGACAGAGCCGCCCAGAAGGAACAAGCUGUUUCCCCAAACUUGCAAGACACAGACUCCAGAAAGCCAAGUGAAACGUCCAGAGAACGCGGUGGAGGCAGAGCCGGCCGUGUCCACUCCGCCCCCGUGGAAGGCGAGGGCGGCAGCGCACCCGGAGUGCCCCCGGCCGGGCUGCCCCAGGGCCCCGCAGGCGACGGGCCGCCGCGUGCACGGGGCAAAGGCUCGGGGAAGCAGCCCCCCAGCCUCAGGGGACAGGACCCUACGCCAGCAGCCACCGGCCGCGAGAAACCCAGCCGUCGGCGCGACGCGACGCCCUCGGCCAGGCAUGCCCCCCAGAAAACGCGGGUGCAAGAGCUCAAGGGGGGCCGGGGUUCCCCGGCCGGUUCCAGCCGGCCUGGCAGUGCCAAGGGGGAAGCGCUCCUUGCUGGGCAGCUUCCUCUCCACCUUCGCGCCCCAAGAAGCAGGGCGACGCAGGACAAGCUCGCAGACUUGCCACCGAGCACAGAGGCGGUGAGGUCAGGAGCCCGGAAGACGGGGACACGCACGGGGCCCAAGGAGCCGGAGCCACCGCUCCCUGGGCAGGCCGUGAGCAUGGACCUGCUGCCCGUCGAGCUGCGGCUGCAGAUCAUCCAGCGGGAACGCGGCCGCAAAGAGCUGUUCCGCAGGAAGAACACGGCGGCCGCUGUGAUCCAGCGCGCCUGGAGGCGCUAUCAGUGCAGGAAGCACCUUUCCCACCUUCUGCACAUGAAGCAGCUGGGAGCUGGAGAUGCGGACAUGUGGAACAGAGAGUGUGUGGUCUUGCUCCUCCAGGUUUGGCAGAAAGAUCAGCAAGUAAAGCCCUCAAAGACCACUGCAGCAGGCAAGACCACCAAGGGUCCAUCCAAGGGCAGCUCGGGCAUAAAGUCCACCAAGCACUCGAUGCUCACGCAAAUCUACGGUUGCUCUCAAGAAGGUAAAGGCCACCAUUCCACACGACCACCCAAAGGCCCUUCUGUGCUGCAUCUCAAUUCAGGGAGCGGUCUGCAGUGUGUGCACCUCCGAGAGAACAGUCGAAGAGCCAGGAACUUCUCUUAUAACCUACAAGCAACGACUCAAUCAAAUGAAACAAAGCUUCGAGGACCUAUUCCAGAGGCCUGUGUUCGGGGGAGCUGGAAAAGCUAGUAGUUCAGCUUCUCUGCUGACUCUCUUCUCCAUCGUGGGAAGACUUCAAUGUCUGAGGUGAGGCCUUAGCCUGAACACGUGGUCCUUUCAGGAAGAAUUUCAAUCAGUGUUCUUUGCAUUCUUACACAGCAGUUUCGGGGCUCAGCUUAGCCAGCAUUCAGGAGCCUUGCUGUGUUGUCUUCCCAUCAGUCAGUAUGCUGGAAGUCAGAACAAAACCCAGUCUAAGCACAACAGGGGUGCUAAGUAAGAGUUUCUGCCAGCUGGCUGGCAUGCGCGUGGCUUCCUGCCUCAUCAACUGAAGAACCUACACGAGAUGGGCAGGAACCUGUCCGACGGCAGCUGUCCUCAUUUCACUACAGGUUCCAGGACUCGAUGCAGCAAAUUUCAUCCCAGCCAGCACGUUGGUUACUCCGUGUCUUACACUCCAGCCUCGAAUCACAGCCUAGUGCUGCGUUCAGGCCGCCCAGACAGAAUGUACACUUAGCGAUUCUUGACCUAUUUGCAGCUCCCACGUUAGCCUCUGCGCCCACCCACAGGGUGUGCUUCUCCCCAGUACCAGCAUCCAGAAACCAGUCAGAUCGCUUCUCAGCCCAGAGCCUCCAGGCAGCGAGGUCUGUACUCCAGCUACAGCAUUCCAGAAGCAACCGACCUUGUCAAAAGGCCACGCCAUGCUAACUGUGUGCACACUAGCUCUCUGAGAACAAUAAAAUGUCAAAUGUAGUGACUGGUCAAGGGCAUUUCCAUGUGGAAAUGAAGACAGGAGGGACACCACUAACAUGCGAGGUAUACACAUCCUUCAAACUUCCCGUUUGCUUAGUGACAUCUAUGUUAACUAUAUGACGCAUUUUAAAGUAUUUAAAUUAUAAUUAUAAUUGUUCUUCCUAAAAUACCGUAUUUUUUUUCAAAGUAAAAUAAAUAUUGCUAGAAAGCUUUAUUAAACCAAAAUAUAGGAAGCUAUUAUUUCUCAACAUGUGCUCUAUCUACAUCUAUACACUCCGAGGGUAGUGUUUGCAUCUCCCGAAGAACUGUUGUGUGUGCUCUGUGAUUUAUACCAUGCCCCAAACAGCAGUCUGGACUACCUCGGGCUCAAAUUGUGUUCCUUUUAAUUGUUGAGUUUGGGGACCAAAAAAGUAUGAAGGGGCAAGAUCAGAGCUGUAACCUUUUAAACUAUUGUGGAUCUUUAGUAGAAAUUAAGUUUUAAAGUUUUGAUAUAUAUUUUUUUAGAACAUUUAAAAGUGAUCAAGCCAAGCACCAGUUAGCUGUAAAAAAGUCCCAACCUCGUACAUCCACGGUCCUGCAAUUUUGCCCCUGCCUGGAGGACACCACCUCCAGAGAUCACAGAGCUCCAGUGAGAAGCUAUCUUCUGAUGGAGAACAAAACCCAAAGCCAAUCAAACCCAAGCGUUUUGUGGCUGUCUGGAUAAAGUGGGGCUGUGAGCACAAUCACUGAAGUUUGCUUACAUGGAACCACAAACCGUUGGCCAAUUUCUUGAGCAAAUAGCAGAAGGCAUCACAUUAUUAGGAGCUGUCUUAUAUUCAGCUCCCAAGAAAUGCAAACUAGAUUACCCAUGUGUCAUGUGCCUGCCCACUCACCAGUGGGAACUUCCAGGUGUCACCUUUUACUUUAGUACAAAGGAAGGUUCAUAAACAACUUCAAAAGUUGAACUUUAAUAAUAAUGACAAACAUUCAUUCCAUCAGUUUACCUUCAGAAUUAGAUAAAUGUGAAUACACAAUUUCAAACCGGUUCCAUGGUGUCACUUCAAUACACUGCACUCAACGCCGCAGGCCCCUGGGGAUGGCUGGUGAGGUACACAUUGAAGCAGUAAUGUAAAUCUGUGAGCCACUGUUCCUGCACCCCUCCACUCUUCAACGUCUGAGGGGAAAGUGAGAGAGAGUUCAGAAUCACACCGACAUCACUACACCACAAAACAGGAGUUUUCAUGCUCCAACAUGAUCUCUCGGAGCCUCUGCCAACAAUGCCUCAUCUCUAAGUGUUGCUGGAAAAAAGGAACUAUUAACUGGGCAUUACUGCAGGCAGCGACAAUUCCUAGUUAUCUCCCAAAGUACAAAUGUGACCAGUUUCUUAGUAGUUUCCAAACCCCCAACCCCCACUUCCUUUGUCACUCUAGAACCAUCUGUAAUUGGAAAUUAAAAACUACAUUAAUAUCUA